UGGGCUUUCUAUUGGAGACUCCUGACUUCAGUGGAUUUGGGAUCGAGAUCUGACACCGGAGAACCCAACCACUCACCUGACAUUGCCAUUCUACCUUUCCUACGAGUUCCCCAGAACUGCCCCCGGACAUACAGGCUGAUGUCCUUUGACCCCGAUGGCGACAGAGUUCGAUGCAGAUAUGGAAGUCUCAGCGAGGGCGAGUGCAGCACAUGUAACCAACCCCCAGGCUUUAUCUUAGAUGAGGGCUCUUGCUCAUUACACUACCUCAACUCCAACGCCGACCCCAGUGCUUACGGAUUUGAGUUGGUGGUGGAGGACUUCCCGCAAAGACACAUCACUCUGGCCUACACUGAUGGGGGCCGAGACUCCAGGGCUCCACUGACAGCAAGGAGAAAGAGACAAGUCCCCACAGCCGGACCCACAACUGAAGAACCAACCACACCCCCAUGGUGGGGCUGGUGGUAUAAUACAGCCCCACCCGCAACUACAUAUCCAUACCCAAAUACAGCCCCACCCACAACUCAAUGGGGCGGGUGGUAUAAUACAGCCCCACCCGCAACUACAUAUCCAUACCCAAAUACAGCCCACCCACAACUUCAUGGGGCUGGUGGUAUAAUACAGCCCCACCCGCAACUACAUAUCCAUACCCAAAUACAGCCCCACCCACAACUUCAUGGGGCUGGUGGUAUAAUACAGCCCCACCCACAACUACAUAUCCAUACCCAAAUACAGCCCCACCCACAACUCCAUGGGGCUGGUGGUAUAAUACAGCCCCACCCACAACUUCAUAUCCAUACCCAAAUACAGCCCCACCCACAACUCAAGGGGCUGGUGGUAUACUACAUCCGCACCCACAACUACAACCCCACAAACAGCCGGACCCACAACUCUAUGGGGCUGGGGGAACACGUACCCUGGCACCACGAGAAACGUGCAGGCCACCACUCCUCCUCUCAGUAAACUACCAUUGCAGUUCUCCGUACUUGUGGACCCACCUGCUCCCUCAUGUCAGGAGGGACUCUACUUGCCUCAGUUUGUGCACCCUACACCUG